AUGGCUGCCGAAUUUAUUGGCUACAAUGUGCUAGUGACAUUGAAGGAGCCACCGGGUGGACAGCUGGUGGGCCAGGUCGCGAACGUCUUUGGGCAACGCUUGCUGCUCCAGGAUGUCACCUUUUUGUGGAAUGGACAACGCUUGCCUCAAUAUUCCAUUGAUGCCUUGGCCAUUAGCAAUCUUUCUCUUGAAACGAACAACCAGGCUCCCUCGCAGUCCCAGCAAAUACAUCAGGUCCAACAUAGGCCUCACAUCCCAACUCAGGCAACAAUGGUUGUGCCACCAGCUCCAACCCAAUCUACUCCAACCCAGCAGCAAUUCACGGACCCCGCUAUUCUAAGCUUUUCCAAGCCCCCUCUGAUGUCUAAACCAUCUAUAGAGAAUGUGCCGACGGCUACAAUCCCAAAACAAAUGCCUGGAGCAGUUUCGGCAUCUUUGGUUGAGCCAUUCAGCAGCCUGGAGUUGGACACAGAUGGCGAUAAAACCGGAACACAAGGGGAUCCCCACACGAAAGCACUUCAAGGCCCACAGGAACUGUCGCCUUUGAAGCAGACACCAAAGCGCAAUCGACGUGGCAAUCAAAACAAUUUGCGCGAAGAGGGAGGAUAUGCUGUCAAACACGGUGCCGCAGCGAGCACCAACCCAAAGAGCAAAGGUUGGCGUCAGACUGCAUUUGUGGAGCCAGCUGGCCCUGCAUUCCAGGAUUCACCUGAAGUUAUGAGUCGGUCCGGAACUAAACUUCGCAAGAAGAAGUCACGCCGUUAUGCCGAGGAUCCCAGUGGUUGGGCAACUGAAGAUGCGACCGAUAUCCAAGAGUUGGGUGAAUUUGACUUUGAAAGUAAUCUGUCAAAGUUUGACAAGAGAACCGUAUUUGAACAAAUUCGAAAUGAUGACACCACCGCGGAUGAGGAUCGUCUGGUCAGUUUCAAUCGAAGAGUCAAGCCUGGUACCAAUGGCGGAAAGAAUCUACACUGGACAGAGAAUGUGCUUGAUAGCCCACAGAACAGCGAUACCGGUGAUGAUAUCGAACGGGUUAGUGAGAUAAAAAUGGGUAGCGAGGUAGUCUCCGGACGUGAGCGAGCUAGGGUGGCUACCCACUCCCAGCCUAUCCGUAAAGACAGUGCGAUACAGGCCCCCGCAAUGGCGCCACAGCUCAGUGCGUUUGGCCGCAGUCAGCUGGCGAACAUCUCUCGCACCACCAGUCCUCGACCAGGCCGGUCCUCCGUGUCCCCCAUGGUCGUUCCGAAUGUUUCUAGCGGUGGAUCUCUCCGGCUUACAACUACCAAUCGUAGCUGUCCUACAGUGAGCCCUUUACAGACUCUGGAGAUCGAGCAAAUCACAGUCGCCGAGUUUGGGUUGGCCGAUGAGAUUAUAACAGAGAAUGCGGGUCGAGGAAUUGCAGAAGCAGCUGUGGGCCUUCUUUCCAACGACGCAGCUGCACCCACUAUGCUUAUUAUUACUGGUAACCACCGCACCGGUGCAAGGGCUAUUGCAGCUGCUCGCCAUCUUCGCAACCGGGGUCAUCGGGUUACAGUCUGUUUGCUUGGAUUAGAGCACGACGCUGAACUGCUGGAAAAUUGCCGCAAGCAGCUUGAUAUUCUCCGCAAGGUUGGGGGACGUGUGCUCAGAUGGGAAGACCUAUCGACUCGUUUGGGCCCUGCAGACCUGGGCCCUGAUGUGAUCAUUGAUGCCCUGUUUGGCAUGCAUUUAUCAUUUGACGAUCUUCGAACCGACGACCAAGGUGUGGCUUUCGAAAUGAUAUCCUGGAUGAACCGAGUUAGUGUUGAUGUACUAUCUGUGGAUGUCCCUUCCGGACUCAAUGCUUCUACUGGCGAGAUCACUCUGGCUGCGGGUAAUCGCCUUUACGUUAAUGCCACAUCGGUGGUCUGUCUCGGAGCCCCCAAGACUGGUGUCUUGAAUGCCCUUUUAUCUGGCGAAAGACUGACCUGGAAUCUGGCAGUUGCCGAUAUUGGAAUCCCUCAGGUUGUGUGGAGGAAGUAUGGUACCCGUCGUCGCCAUGGAAUUGACUUCGGGAACAAAUGGGUGGUCCCAUUGAAGUUCCAGCCCUUGCUCUCUUAA